UUGGCAUUGUAAAGCGCGAGUUGUAGAAAAAAAAGUAAACGUAAACAAUUCGUCUGUCAAAUUCAUAGAAUAAAUAGCAAUUGUAUCAAAUAUAUUUUUAUUAAUUAAUGUCUCGAAAUUGUUAUUUGUAAAGUCGUUUGCAGAGCAUGUCUCUGCGGUACGUUUGUGUGGAGGUGCGCCAUAAUCUGCGUUGUGCCAAUGUAUUCCUUCAGUUUGACCACAGCCUCACCGAAACGGAAUUUUUAAAAAUUGUAGUGGAAAACGAUGCGCUGACCUUCCGAGAAUACUCCACAGCGACACGUGUGGCACUUGGUAAUUUUUUUACGGCGGAAGCGCGUACUAUAAGUAACUUGACUGUGGAAGAGUGUAAUGCCAGUUUUCGUUUAACCAUAACCAAUGAACCUGCCCAAGUUUCUACGGAUAAUCCAGCAAAUCGAAUGGAUAAUAAAAAAAAAAUCUAUAUAACUCCAAAACCAAAUGUAGAAGAAGGCAGCCAGCAAAUAGUUUUAUGCAAGAAUUGCAAAUGUGAACUGAGCACACCACUUAAAUGCCAAAGAGUUAGGGAAUUUCCAUCCGGUUCAAUAGACGUGAAUGAAUUUUUUUGUCAUCAUGGACCGAAAUUUGAUGAAGUAUUGGUGCCGCAACUUACAGACUUCUUUUAUGGCUUCCAAUUUGUUGUACUUAAUUCGGAGCUGGUAAAGCAGCAGGUUAAAAUGAAGGACCAGCAUGUUUACUGUCGACGUUGUUUGCAGUACCUGGGCGAAAAUAUACUCAACGAUAAUGCAGUGAGAUUGUGGAUGGACACAUUACUCUUAAAAUGCCAAGAGAAUGAUAAGGAUGGUGUAUUAAUAAAUAUUGUUAACGCGAAAGUCACACCAACAUGUCAGCUUUUGCAUAAAAUAAUCGACGAUACCGAUGUGGUUGGGGAACCAUUGUUGCAACAGCUACAUUUUUGCAAAGUUUUAUUGGAAGCCACAUUUCCGAGCCGAAAACGUAAAUAUCUGCUAUUGCAAGUGUUGGAGAAACAAUUGCAGGUGCUGCGUAACACAAAGCCAUUGGCGCAUGGUAGCAAUAAUAAUAAUAAUGUUUUGCAAGUGCAACUUGAGCAGGGCAAAAGUUUUAAAUUACUUUACAGACUGUUAGAUGAAACCGAAGAUGAAGGUGGAGGUGAGCACAAAAUGGGUGAUACUAGCAGUGCAGGUAGCGUUAGCAGCGAUAGCAUACUACUGAAAAGCUGGAAAGAGGACAUGUCUAUACAUGUACUAAGAGUAUCGCCUACACUCUUUAGCACACUAUUGGAGGAGUUGGACGAAAAUGCUUUAUUGCUUCCAGAAUUGUACCGUUAUACGCACGACCAUUUUCAACUCAGUUAUAUAUUCUAUGAAAAUUAAAUAACGAUUUGUUUCGAAAGGUUACCGUGGACCGCAAAUAUUGUGUAAUUACAAUGGCUCCAUUGAAAUAUCGUGUAAUGGGUCAAUUUAUGUAUAUAGUUAUAUACUUGUUUAUUUAUAUUCGAGAACUUGCAAUACGCUUACUUGUCUAAGUUUGUAAUUAACAUUUAACUAGUAUGAUUUGUCUUUAAUUUAAAUCCUUAUAGAGAAUCAGGAGGGUAUAAUUUUAAUUGCAACAAUUUAAGAUACUUGAUAAGUUUUACUCUAUAACAUUAAUUAUUCAUAAUUCCCCGAUAUAUUUAAAGGCAAUGAUAUUUUGUUCCUGCCAAAGCUAAAACGAAAACUAAUGGAAUGCUAAUAAAAAAUUAAAUGCUCGAAGAAAUUACAGUUCAAA